AUGGGAAACCAUACUUCUUGCUUCUUUUUUGGAUCCUCAAACGAUGAAACAGCUAAGCUCUUUGAUUCUCAAGGUAACCUACAACGAGUCAAUCUCCCUAUAAAAGCUGCAGAGCUCAUGCUUGAACAACCAGGCCAUUUCAUCACUCGGGUGGAUGAGCUACGUCAAAGUAGACGCAUGUCAGCCCUGCGAGCCGACGAUGAGCUUUUGAUGGGAAAGGUUUAUGUUCUGGUUCACUCCAGUAGGGUCAACUCUAGGGUCUCCGAGUUGGAGAUGGCAAUCAUAGACUUGGCUUGUAAGAAAAGAGGAAGUGUAAAACCAAAUGGUUCUAAGGUUUUACCGGCUAUGACUGUGGAGUCGAGCGAGGAGGGAGAAGGUGAGGUUAAGGUUUUGGGAGGGAAAUUUACUGGACUUUCAGGUUGCCAGUUGGGGAGCCAUAGGAAAUGGAGUCCUGCUUUGGAGCCUAUUUUUGAGUCUUUUUGA